AUGGGUAGAAGAGGCGGCAGAAAGGGUGGUUUCAACCGUGGCGGCGGCGGUCCUCGCCAGGACAAUCGAGGCAACAAGGCCGAGAUCAGUCGAACCAACGAAAAGUUUGAGGAAUACUACAAUACCCUCGGGGUGAUACCGGACGAAGAGAGAGAUGAUUUCUGGGCGGCUAUGAGAAGAGAUCUUCCCAACAGUUUUCGGUUCACUGGCUCCAAAGCUCAUGCACUGGCCGUGCAGCAACGCUUGCGAGAUUAUUAUAUUCCCGAAAUCACCUCCAUAACCUACGAGGGCCGUUAUGUCGACACUCCUCAACCAGUGAGCUGGUACCCUGACCAACUGGCAUGGUUCAUGACCACGCCCAAGAAUGUCAUCCGCCGAUUCCCUCCGUUCGCCAGCUUCCAGAAAUUUUUGGUCGCAGAGACCGAUGUGGGGAAUAUCACACGUCAAGAGGUGGUUAGCAUGAUUCCGCCGUUGCUUAUGGAUAUAAAACCUGGAAUGACGGUCCUUGAUCUGUGCGCAGCGCCUGGGAGUAAGUCUGCGCAGCUGAUUGAAAUGAUACAUGCUGGCGAAGAGGAGAGGAGUAGACAGGUAGCCGCGAAUACUGCCAACGGUCUUGACAAGCGCGAAGGCGAAGACUUUGCAGACGAUGGACGAUCAACUGGGCUUCUCAUUGCGAACGAUGUUGAUUACAAGCGUGCACACAUGUUGGUCCAUCAGGUGAAGCGACUGAGCUCACCCAACAUCAUCGUCACAAACCACGACGCCACAAUCUUCCCUUCUAUCAAGAUUCCGUCCCUGCCUGAUUCAUCGGGCAAGCCAGUCCACAACAGAUAUCUGAAGUUUGAUCGAAUCCUGGCCGAUGUCCCUUGUUCCGGGGAUGGAACGGUGCGAAAGAACAUGGAGAUCUGGAAAAACUGGACUCCCAGCAAUGGCCUUGGCCUGCAUUCUACACAGGUGCGGAUUCUGAUAAGAGCGCUGCAAAUGCUGAAGGUCGGAGGAAGAGUGGUGUAUUCGACAUGCAGUAUGAACCCGGUCGAAGACGAAGCAGUACUGGCUGAAGCGAUCCUGCGAUGUGGCGGCGAGAAAUUCGUGGAACUCCAAGAGACAAAAGAUUACUUGCCUGGGCUCAAGCGGACUUCUGGACUAACGACAUGGAAAGUGAUGGACAAGUCGGGCCGGAUAUGGAACGAUUACGAUGCAGUCCGAGAGCAAAAAGCCACUGUUGGCGAAGAAGGGCUGAGCAGACUCUCCGAAAGCGUGUUCCCCCCGAAGGAGGAUUUACAUCUAGAACGUGCCAUGCGAGUGUUUCCUCAUACUCAGGAUACCGGUGCAUUUUUCAUUGCGAUCCUCGAGAAGAAGUCCGAAAUCAAGGCACGUGCUGAAGCGAAGACAAGCUCGACAAAUUCAACCGCGGCAACGCCAAAGCCAGAAAAGGUAGAAACAGUCGACACUACAGGUGAAGCGGUGCAGCUUGAGACCGCCCCCGACGGAACGAUCGAUUCGGUCAACGGCACAGCUCCACCUGACGCAGACGCUCCAGGCAAGAGGAAGCGUUUGGAUCAGGACGAAGACACGGAAGACGCAGCUCCAUUAAAACGCGCUAAGAGCGAACAAGACGACACUGUUCCCAACGGCACUGCGAAUACAAGUACGACGGGUAGGAGUACUCCUGCCAUCACGGCCCAAGCGCCUCGUCCGGGCCAGCCUCCCAAGAAGAAGAACCGGGAGCAACCAUUCGAAGAACCUUUCAAAUAUCUUUCGCCCGACCUGCCUGAGUUGCAGCAGAUCAGAGAAUUCUACAACCUCUCCCCUCGCUUCCCCCAGGAUCGGUACAUGGUCCGUAACGCCGACGGUGUCCCAGCGAAGAACAUGUACUACACGAGCGCGCUCGCCAAGGAUAUCCUGACCGAGAACGAAGGCAAGGGUCUCAAAUUUGUCCACGCCGGCGUCAAGAUGUUUGUGAAGCAAGAUGCGCCCUCUCCGGAAGUGUGCCCUUGGCGUAUUCAGACAGACGGCUUACGUCUCCUCGAGACGUGGGUUGGACCAGAGCGGAUAGUGAGACUGCAAAAGAAAGAAACGCUGCGACGGUUACUGGUGGAGAUGUUCCCCAGGUUCAACGGCGACGAGUACAAGAAUCUCGGCGAGGUCGGUGAGCAGAUCCUCGCCGUGAAAAUGGGAUGUUGUGUCCUUGUCGUCGAGCCGAGCGACGACCCUGAUGGGUUGAGUGAGCGCAUGGUCUUUCCGCUGUGGAAGUCCAUAAUGAGCGUCAACCUGAUGUUACCCAAAGAGGAUCGCAAGGCCAUGUUGCUGCGACUGUUUAAUGAUGAUACUCCUCUUGUUAAUGCCAGCAAGGGGUGGCAAAAGAACGGAACCAAGAGUGCAGCGGAGAAGAAAGCUGCCGAAAAAGAAGAGACGAAAGCGGAUAUAGAGACGGUGAUCGAGGCUAAAAAUGGCCUUCAAGUCAACCAGGAGGAACAGAUCCAAAGGAGGCGGAACAGCAGCUCCCCAGAACUAGAGGCCGAAGCGAAUGAUGACGAUGAGGAUGGAGGCGUUGCUAUUGAGACGGAUGUUUGA